CAAUUUGGUCCCUUUGCAUCAGCUGCUGUGUUCCGAGAUAGUGGUUCUGCAGGGGCAGUUCCUCAGGUUUGUGAUUGGGAGGCUCUGCCUUCCACUUUCAGCCCUCAAUAUCAUAAUCAAGGUGAAAAUCCCAUCCAUUUCCCCUCACUAGCUUAAACCAGACUAAACUUGGACAGUAAAUUCGAUUCCUCCCUUGUCCUAAUAUGGCUGUUUGCUUUACAGUUGCUGCAGCUCUGAAAGACCGGUUUGUUCACUACAUGGAAGCAUGGCAAUCAUUGUACACAGAAUUUUCAGAGAAGAAACCAAUCCAACAAAUUACCUGCUGAUGGAAUUUCAUUCGCUUGAUCUCCUUUGUCAAAGCUAUGGAAUCCGGUUCGAUGAAGUGAAGACGACCUUUUCUUAGUACCUUCCCUUCCAGUUCCCGACUUUGAAACUGCAUCCCACCCACCAUCAACUAGCCAUUGCAAAUAAACCAUCAAGAAGCUAUUGAAUCGCUUACUCCUUCAAUUGUCACCAACCAAACAACGAAGAAGCAGACCCUUCAAACGGACGCCCCAAACAACCAUAUUACCUAAACUGAAAUCCCUCACGCAACUAAACCAUAGUCUUAACAAAGCUUUCAGAUAUGGUGAAAAGGAGUUGGAUUUUUGAGGCGGAGACAGGGGUUCAUCGGAUGGACGACGCGGGGUUGAGCGGGAAGCAACAGAGCAGUUGCGUCGGGAUUGUGGGGUCGAGAUCAACCGGGAAGUUGGUUCGAGAUUGAGGGAGAAGAAAAAGGGGCGCUACUCCGGGAUUUAGGGUUCGACAUGGAGCUGAUUUUAAUCUUUCUUUCUCUACUUCCAUCUAUAAUUUGUUAUGCUCUUUUAUCACAUAGAAAUCUUCCAAACCUAAUUCAGAACGGCGACGAAAGAGAAGCUUGGGCAGCCGAUGAGGAGCAAAGGAUGUAGCAGUGAAGAAUGAAUGGCGAUCGGGAAAAUGGAAAUAGAUCCCCUCAGGAAUUCCGGCGAGUAACAAAUUCAUUGGAUAUCAGAGGUUAGGAAACACGGCGGCGGACCUGAAUUCUGCAGGUAAAGGACGGACUCACAAGUCGCAAGUUCUGUAAUUUAGUGACCGCAUGUGUGGCUCGCAGUCGCCUUGACCCCAUCAAAACGAAGAUCUUCCAAAUCCCAUCUGGCACAUCUUCAACCUCUACUGCCUUGAGUAAGAAUCUUACCCGAAUAGACCCACAUCCACUAUCCAGCCCCAAUAACCAAUUAGCAGCUGCUGACAUGGAGAUUUCCCCAAUCCACAACAUCUUCUACAGAGACCCGAACUUCCCAUAUAAACUGCCCCAACUUCUCUACACUUCCCACAACCAAAAACAGCUCAUCAUCAUCAUCAUCACCCAGCAGCAACAAAGCUCCAACCUUUCCUCAGCCAUGGCAACCUCUGCAUUCCAACAGUCUGCAUUCGCUGGCCAAACUGCGCUGAAGCAGGCUGAUGAGCUCCUUCGCAAGGUUGGUUCUUUUGGCGACGGCCGGAUCAACAUGCGCCGGACUGUGAAAAGUGUUCCCCAAAGCAUUUGGUAUGGAGCAGACCGUCCCAAGUACUUGGGUCCAUUCUCUGAGCAAACCCCAUCGUACCUCACAGGAGAAUUCCCCGGUGACUAUGGCUGGGACACUGCUGGACUAUCAGCAGACCCCGAGACAUUCGCCAAGAACCGUGAACUCGAGGUGAUCCACUGCAGAUGGGCUAUGCUUGGAGCCCUCGGUUGUGUCUUCCCUGAAGUCCUUUCCAAGAACGGUGUGAAAUUCGGUGAGGCAGUCUGGUUCAAAGCUGGAGCUCAAAUCUUCUCCGAGGGCGGUCUGGAUUACCUUGGCAACCCAAACCUCAUCCACGCUCAGAGCAUUCUUGCGAUAUGGGCUUGCCAGGUUGUGCUCAUGGGAUUUAUUGAGGGCUACAGAGUUGGUGGUGGACCUCUUGGUGAGGGACUUGACCCGCUUUACCCCGGUGGGGCUUUCGACCCUCUUGGCUUGGCUGAUGACCCGGAAGCAUUCGCUGAGUUGAAGGUCAAGGAAAUCAAGAAUGGCCGCCUGGCUAUGUUCUCCAUGUUUGGAUUCUUCGUCCAGGCCAUUGUUACUGGAAAAGGUCCUGUUGAGAACCUCUUCGACCAUGUUGCUGACCCGGUAGCGAACAAUGCCUGGGCUUUCGCCACCAACUUCGUCCCUGGGAAAUGAACGGAACUAAAACAAUGAUCCCAUUCAAUGUUGUAAUAGUUGAGAACUCUGAAGUUGCUUUCUGCAGGAACUCUAUGUAUCUUUGAACUGAAGCAAAAUCAUGGAAUGGAACUUUCUACUUUCUGCUGUCUCAAUGCUAAUUUUAGUCAUGAUAAUAUCGAACGAUUGUAAAGACGUCACAAACCCAUUAGGGAGUACUGGCCUGUUCAAUCUGUUCAUUUUGUUUUUGGUGUUGUAGAUAACAGGAAGGAGAAAUCUUUGGGGCUUCUAACAUAGAAUUUUGUCAAGCUUUUCCUUUGUUCUGUUGUGAGUUGGAGUGCUUGUUCUCUAUGCUUGUUUAAUUGUCUGUUUCAACUAAACCACUUGGGCUGCUGCUGACAUCGAAGUGCACCUUUCAGUCAGAGUUAAUUAUCUCUUGAUGAUUCUGUAAAGCUACAGCUUGGAGAUGGCCAUAGUAUGUCGAUAUUGCGAACUGAGUUCUAAGUUGUAGCUCCAUUCCUGCAUUUACCCUCCCAUAUCCCAGCUUGUUAUCUGUUCCUUUAUUCUAAACAAAUUCCAUCUGUUCUGUGAAUCUGCAGCCAAAGUGAGGCAGCUAUAUGAUAUUGCAAACGUGUUUUUUUCUUCUUCUAUGAAGCUUAUCGAAAAGGUAAUGCUCCACAACAAGACGGAGUUAUCAGCACAGUUGCUAGUUUGAAGAACAUCAUGCAGUUAGAUUUCCUAGUCAAGUUGUAACUUGGUGAUGGUUAUGGAUGCAGACUCAUACUUUAGAUUCCAGAAAACUGCAUUUAGAUUCGACCCUGUAUCCAACGACUACAAGGUCAUUAGGUGCAUUAGUUCCCCUGGUGAUUUGAAUGGUCCUGAAACUUCCUAAAGGGUGGGAUGUUGUCGAGGUUUUCGGCCUGCGAAACGAUUCAUCAUGGAGGCAGAUUGAUGGCUAUGCAUGCACACAUCAUCCCUAAUCCUGUUCGUCCACAUUCACUCAAUUAACGUGGCGGGAAGAUCUACUGGUGGGAUUCAGGCAGGGAGACCACAUUUCUGAUGUCCUGCGACUUGGGGAAAGAAGUGUUUUGAGUCUGCAAACUUGGACAAUUUUACCGGGAAGGACUCGUGGGUCGGGAUCUCGUUCACCCUGGUGAAGGACUCGAUUGUGGGUGUGUUUUCAACAACUAGCUAUGAACUUAUUUCAUAGCUAUGAACUUAUUUCAUGUUGGUUCAACACCUCCCUCUCCCUAUGGGAUGCAAAAUGUAAAGGGCAUUUCCUGAGAUGGGAAAGUUGGAUCUAUGUAUUGUCCCUUAAUUCUUGAAAAUAUGUGUCAAUUAGAACUAAAAUAUGUAUACAUCGGGAUUGUCAAAUCAGUUUAUAUCAUUGCGCCGGUUUAACAAGUGAUAUUGUUUAAUUGGGAUAUAAUCAGUUUGUGCCGAUUUAGUAAAGUAUAUCAUUUAUUUCUUUAUUAUCAUUUUCACAAUAUAAAACAAAAUGAGAAGUGAACAAGCAAUAAGGUUUGGUUGCACUUUGUGUUGGGCUUAGGGUGUUGUUUGUGGGUUAUUUAUUCUUUUUAUUUUUUAUGCAAGAAUUUUGUAAUCCAUGUCAAAAAAUUGUUCGAUGGGGUACAAGAUUUCCCUGGUAAUCAUCAUAUUUUAUUAAGUCCCUUCGACAAAGUCAAAUUUCGACAAAAAAAAAAUAUACAUAUGCAAUGUUAUGCCCUAGUAAUGAAUAUUUGUACAACAAACUACCAAAUGCUCAUUUGGGGAGCGGUUACGGUGAUUACUACAAAAGUAGUAAUCAAUACCAUUGCAGAAAUAAAUAUAUACCAUUACACGAAAACAAUCAAUAUAAAUAAUCUAUACCAUUGCAUAUAUAAAGAGAAUUAUGAACAUUGAGGUUUGAACCAAUACCAUUAGACUUUGAAGGACUACCAUACUAGCAUUGCUAAUACUAAUACACGUGUAAUGAACCAAUACCAAUCUA